AUGGUGAAGAAAAAACACUUCGAUGACCCGCCCUGUGACAAGGAGCCUGUCAGCAUUAGCGUUGGUGACCUUGACAGGGAUCUGUUUGAGCAGCAGCACGUUCAUCGCGUUUAUGAGGACAUUUCCGUCCACUUUUCCCACACUCGGUACGGCCCCUGGAGGAACGUCGUGAGACUCAUUAACGAGGCUCCUUCCAACAGCUUCAUUCUUGACGUUGGAUGUGGCAACGGCAAGUACCUUAACUCACGAAGCGACUGUUUCUUCCUCGGCAUUGACGUCUGCAGUGCUCUUUUACAGAUUUGCGUUGAAAAGGGCAAGGGUGACCUCCUGCUAUCCAACAACUUGAGGCUCGCCCUUCGUGACAACUUAGCCGACUUAACUCUUUCCAUUGCCGUAAUACAUCACUUUUCAACUGUGAAUAGGAGACUUGAAGCCAUUCGCGAGUUAAUAAGGUGCACAAGGCCCCGGGGGAAGAUUCUCAUCUACGUCUGGUCUUUUGAGCAGGAUAGGAACUACAUUGGCUACCGCGAGUUCAAAUCUCAGGACGUGCUGGUGCCAUGGAACCUACAGUCCGUCAUUAGUAGUGGUGGCGUUGGUGACACUGGAGUAAGGGGCGCCGAGAGCUACGGAAGGUACUACCACGUUUUCACCCGCGAUGAGGUCGACUGCAUCUGCGACCACUUCAGCGACCUCGUGGAGUCCACCGUAGGGUCCGACUGCAACAACUGGGUGAUUGAGAUGACUAAGCGCUGA